AUAUAGACAAUAGUAUUUUGGUAUUCUGUCCUAGUUUAGUAUUUAUAUAACUGGCAAUUGACAAAUUUAUAAUCUAUAUGUAUUGUUUUCCUCCGCCAGUUGUGUGAUUUGCUCAAAAACAAAAAGUGUUAUAUUGCAUUAUAUAAAUACGUCAACAAUAAGAAAACAAGUCGAAUGUAAGAAUACCAUGUGAAUUAGUGACCGAAAAUAAGACUUGGCUUAAAAGUCUCGUUACCAGGCCAUAAUAUUAUUAAAAAAAAAAUCAAAUGUAUUUUUCCUCCGCCAGUUGUGUGAUUUGCUCAAAAACAAAAAGUGUUAUAUUGCAUUAUAUAAAUACGUCAAAAAUAAGAAAACAAGUCGAACGUAAGAAUAACAUGUGAAUUAGUGACCGAAAAUAAGACUUGGCUUAAAGGUCUCGUUACCAGGCCAUAAAAUUAUUUAAAAAAAAAACAAACGUAUUUUAAUCACGAAUUUUGAAACGUAUACAUUAAAUCAUUUUGCAUUCAUUUAUUGAGAAUCAUUGCCGCUGAAAUCAGGUACUCUUCAAAUAAACUCCUUGUAUAAAUAAGUAGUGACUUAUUAACAAUGGAAAAAGCAAAAAAGGUUGUGCGCAAAAGAAAACUUGUUGAUAAAGAAGAUGAUAGUAAUGCUAAAAAAGGAUCAAUUAAGAAGACGAAGACUCAGAAAGAGCCGACAGCAAUAGAAGAAUAUAAUAAUGUAGAUGUUAAAGAUGAAAAUACCAUAAAAAGUUCUAAUAAUGUGUGGAAUGAAGCUGAAAUGCUCUCUUAUAAGGAAAAACUACCUAAACAGUUAGCAGAAAGAUUUAUUUCAUUAUUAACAGAGGGCUGUACUUUACCAUUUAUUGCAAGAUACCGUAAAGAAGCCAUAGGUCAUCUCCUACCCGACAGACUACAAGAAAUAUAUGAAAGUUAUCAAUGUAUAAAUCACUUUAAAAAGAAAGUGAAGUCUGUAUUAGAAACAUUAAAAAAGUGCAAAAAACUAACACCUGAAGUUGAAAAGAGUAUAUUAAAUGCAAGAAAUUUGUCUGAGCUUGAUUUAGUAUAUUCACCUCUCAAAUCACAUUCAUUGUCACUUGCUGAAAGAGCUAGGAACCUUGGUCUCGAGCCAUAUGCAAUCAAAGCAUUGAAUGGUGAAAACAUUGAUUUACAAUUACUAUGCAAUGGGAGUGAUGAAUUGUCUACUGUUGAUAAAGUGGAAACUCAAAUUACUCAUAUUAUUGCUGAUGUUAUUUAUAAGGAUACAAGGGUUCUAGAGGAAAUGAGGAAAUUAAAAGAAGAAACAAGAUUUACAUUACAAAGCAGCAGAACAAAAAGUUCUACAAAAGAUACAAAGAAAGAUGCAAAUAAGAAAUAUGAUACUAAAUCAGAUCCAGACACAUAUAAGUUAUAUUUUGAAUGGAAGUGUCCUAUACAAUUUGUGAAGAGUUAUCAAACUUUGGCUAUCAACAGAGGAGAAGAUGAAAAGAUAUUGUCGGUUAAAGUUAUUGUUCCUGAUUGGUUUUAUAACAAAUUGGAAAGGUUUUGUUUACCACUAUGGGGUAGCAACCAUUGGGUCCGCAAAGGACUCCAAGAUGCAUACAAUCGUCUGAUAAAGUCUUGGCUGUCAAGACAAGUACGGACAGACCUGACCACAGCUGCUGAAAAGGAGGCAAUUAAAACCUUUACAACGAAUUUGGAGAAAUAUUUAUUAACAGAACCUAUCAAAAAUAGAAGAAUAGCUGGCCUUGAUCCGGGUUUUAAAGCAGGGUGUAAGCUCGGUAUUAUAGAUGUUAAUGGGGCGAAAUUGGAGGCGUGUACGAUAUACCCGAAUUUGAGGCAACAAAACAAAUAUGACCCGGCAGCUAAGCAGUUAAUAGAUUUGCUCCAGAAACAUGGGGUAGAAUUGAUAGGUUUGGGAAAUGGUACAGCAUGUCGGGAAACAGAGACAUGGUUGAAGAAUCAUCACAUAUCUGAUGGUAUUCCAAUCAUCAUCGUACCGGAGCAGGGGGCAUCUAUAUACUCCAUUAGUAAAGAAGCUCAGAAGGAACACCCAAACAUGGAUCCAAACUUGAUAUCAGCCUUAUCGAUUGCAAGGAGAGUCCUUGAUCCUUUAGGAGAACUUAUUAAGGUGGAUCCAAAGAACCUAGGCGUAGGUUUGUACCAACACGACAUACCCCCGAAGAUGUUAGAAGCGGCCUUAGAUAGUGCAGUUGAAAAGGUCGUUAGUUUGGUGGGAGUCGAUAUAAACACCGCUUCUCAAGCUAUGCUUAGAACGAUUGCAAAAAGAAACAAGAAAAAAAUAGUGAAAAGUAAGCUAAUGGUUUUAUCGAUCAAUAGACAUACCGAGACCGGACAGACAGACCAGACCCAAGUUACAGAGUUCAGGAAAAAAACAAUGAAGAAUGAAAUGGCGUUAUGUUUGAGUAGUGCUUAUGUUUUGUUAGAAUUUUCCCCGUGGUGGAAGAUUAUUAGGAAGAUUUUAUUCACAAUAUUAGCAAUAACGUGCAUGGUCCUUCGAGCCGGAAGGAUAUUUUGACAUCUGUGAAACAUCUUUAUACCUCGAAACAAGUUGAAAUCUAUGCUUUUUUUAACUUAAUUUAUGAUCCUAUUUAACGAACUUUCAUGAACAUUUUUUUUAUAUGAGAAAUUAUUUAUUAAAUUGCAAGGCGCUAUAUAUUUUUUUCUGUGACUUCCCUCUUAGGUGUACCCUCAAUGCCCUUUCAACAGUGUUUAGUAAUAGAAGAAUUCUAUACAUAUAACUUAAACUAUUAAUUAAAUAAAUUUAUUUAAAACUUUAUUAGUAGAGCAGAUUUAUUAUGGGUAAUUGCUAUAAUGAACUGUCAAUACUGUAUAUUGUCAACUGAAUUAUCUUAAUGUUAAAUAAAUAAAAUAAGUGGCGCUACAACCUACUUAGAUCUGGCCUCUUCCUGUAUCUGUGUCAUGAUCAUAUGUCUAGUAGGCAAGUCGGUGAUCAGCCUCUGUGUCUGACACACGCCGUCGACUUUUUGGGUUUAUCGCAAGCCGGUUUCCUCGCGAUAUUUUCCUUCACUGUUCGAGCGAAUGUUAAAUGCGUACAUAGAAUGUCCACUGGGGUACAGUCGGAGAUCGACCUCAGGUAUGAGAUUCGCACGCUGUAGGCACUAGGCCAACACUGUUCUAAAUGUUAUUACUCCUACAUCUAAAUC